UAAAGCCAAGCCAGACGAGAGAUAAAAAAAGGCUUUUUCCCAUGCCUUUUCCUGAAAGGGAUAAAAUCAACAUCAUCAUAAAAAAAGGCCUCAAAAGAGUCAUAUCCAGGAAUCCAGGGCUGUAAAAUAAAUUAAAAAAAAAGAAGAGAUUAAAAAAAAGUCCGAUAAAUUUUGGAAAUACUUUUUUUGUGUUUUCUGGGCCUUGGUCUGUGGCUUUUGUUUCUGGUCGGUGGGCCAGGCUAAUGUUUUUACUUUUUAUGUUAGUUUAGAAAUAGAUCUCUGUCUCUCGUCGCUUUUUUCCUAGUCGGCGGUAUAUUUCUUGUUGGUUCAUAUCACAGGUUUAGGUGCCGGUACAUUUGUCUUAAAGUUACAAUUACUUCGGAAAUCGCGACUUCGGGAGUCAUGUCCUCAACAGCACACAGUAGUUCCGAUGACUCGGAUGUGUCGGCACUGUCGGACUCGUUCCAUAACUCAAAAUCAAGUUUCCGUGUGAGCAUCUGCCUGCGCCGGUACUUCAGCGACGUGCGCGCGCGCGCCUUCGUGCUGGCGCGGCCGGCGCGCCGCGUGCGCUGGCUGCAGCGGCGCCUGCGCCGGCUGUUCGCGCUGCGCGGCGCCUUCUGCCUGCGCGCGGCCGGCCACCUGCUGCCGAGCGCCGAGCCGCUACGCCUGCUGCGCGCCGGGGAGCGCGUCGAAGUGAUACCCUUACCUGAGGCACACGGGGAAAACCAAAUCAGACAAGUUGCUAAUGCACACAUUGAAGCCAAGGAAUCUCCAUCUGAAGAGAAAACAACCACAACCACAUCGUUCAGUGCGGACAUCACAGUGUGCAAUGGAUCUCUUUACAAUGGAGAUGACCACGACAUGGAAACAAACAACACCGCCAACACCGACAGCGCGAGGCUCGGCGAGCGUGACACCCAGAGCGUGGCGGAGCCGCCGUCCACAGUGGCGGAUGUCUCGGCCGAGGACGCCUUGGAUUCUGCUCCCGGAGACACUCUGCAAGCAACAGUCACCGAUGUGAGCGCCGGUGACGAGGGCUCUCUGCUCAGUCUGAAGCGCCGAGCGCUGGCGCUGCUGCACACGCUGGACGAGGGCCCGCCGCCCCCGCGCCGCGCACGCCGCCGCGUGCGCCGCCGCCGUCGUGCUCCAACGCCGGUGCCCGCCGAGCCGCCGCCCUCGCCCUCCGCGCCGCUCCGCUCUCCCGACGCCUCGCCCUCCGCGCCGCUCCGCUCUCCCGACGCCUCGCCCUCCGCGCCGCUCCGCACUCCCGGCGCUUCGCCCUCCGUGCCGCUCCGCUCUCCCGACGCCUCGCCCCGCGCCGCGCCGCGCGACGUGGCGCAGAACGAGGACGCGUGCGUGAGGAAACCGAGAAUGGUACACUCGCUCGAUCUGGACAUCAUUUAAUAAUGAUAAGCAUACAGCCUAGUGAUCUGUAUCAUUAUAGCAAUAAACUGUGUUACCAGUGAAUGCGUUGUUUAAAAUUAUAUUA